CGGAGUCCCUCCCCCGCGGCUCCCUCCCUCGGCCUCCCUCCUGACCCCCCUCCUAUCCCCCAGCAUGUCCCGGCUGCUGUUGCCCCUGCUGAGGAGCCGGACUGCGCACAGCCUGCGGCCCCUGCCCGGCUGCCGCCCGCGCGGCGCGGCGGGGGCCCCGGCGCUGCUCCUCCGGCCGCCUCCCGCCUUGGCCGCCGCGGCCACCGCCUUGGCCCCCGCGCCGCGCCCCUCCCGGGGGCUGGGCACCCACCCCAAGCGCGAGCCCAUCGAGGCGCUGAACACGGCACAGGGAGCCCGCGACUUCAUCUACAGCCUGCACUCCACCGAGAGGAGCUGCCUGCUCAAGGAGCUGCACCGCUUCGAGUCCAUAGCCAUAGCCCAAGGUCUUCAAGAGCAUAUUGGGAUGACAGUUCUUCAGGGAUAUUGUAAAGAGGAUUCCUGUUCAGCACACAGAUAUCCCAAACCUGAGAUUGCUCUCAUGCAGCGAGUGAAGCAGGCAACGUCAACUGAAUCCCCUAAUGGUUUUGAAAAAUUGGAGGCUCCACCACCUUCCCAGGCACAGCUGAGAUAUGUAUUCAUCCACAAUGCAUUACCUUUCGUAGGGUUUGGCUUUUUGGAUAAUGCAAUUAUGAUUGUUGCAGGAACCCAAAUAGAGAUGUCUAUUGGAAUUAUUUUUGGGAUUUCAACUAUGGCAGCUGCUGCUUUGGGAAAUCUUGUUUCAGAUUUAGCUGGACUUGGUCUUGCAGGCUAUGUUGAAGCUUUAGCUUCCAGGUUAGGCCUGUCAAUUCCUGAUCUCACACCCAAGCAAGUUGAUAUGUGGCAAACACGUGUUAGCGCGCACUUGGGCAAAGGUGUCGGAGUGGCUAUUGGUUGCAUUUUAGGAAUGCUUCCUUUGUUGUUCUUUAGAGGAGAAGAAGAAGAAAAAAAACUGGAAGAAAAAAAUUAACUGUUUUAGAAUCUCUAUAGAUGUAAAAUAAUGUACCUCACUUAUUAAGUAUUCUGUCACAACAUUUAGGAAUUAAGACAGUAACUAUGUAUAGAUAUGGGAACAAAAAAUUAAGCAUGUUUUAUUAAAACACUAACUUAUUGUGGCUUGGUGUUCUUAGUACAUCUUUUUAUAAAAAAAAUAGCUUCUUAAUUUCAUAAAAAUUGUUGAAAUGCCUUUUCACUAGGGCAAUCAACAUCUUCAUUUUCCACUUUUAUUUUUCAUAUAUGAUCGCAAGGCUAUUAUUUUAUUCUAAGUCAUCGAUGUACUGUAUAGAUUUGGGAUUUGCUUAUUUGUUAUUAAUCAUAUAUACUUGCAUGAAAACAUUUCUUCUUCAUGGCUGUUUCAAAUCAACUUUGGACUUUUCCCAAAUACAGAACUGUUGGUUUUUGUUAAAGGUUUUUAAUUCCAUCAUUGUUUUUGCCCCUAAUAUCAGUUUUGGCCUGAUUUGAGGUAAUGAAUUUCCAUUCAUGCACAGUGCUUCUCUUUCCUCAUUUACUCAUUCAAUCAGUGUGGAGUUGAGCUGUUUGUUUUAAGUGUUGCUGGAUUUUUUUUAAAUUUUCUUUGCUCUGAUCUUUUUGAGUCUUAAGAGCCAGAAGUUAAUGAGCAUAUCUUCCCACUUACAUAAAAUACCCAACAUUAUAAAAUGUACUUUCUACUUCAUUUUUUUCUACUUUUUUUGCCUUAAAACUCCCAGUUUUGAGUAAUUGUGUUCUGUUUUUGGCUCAUAGAAAAGAAAAACUAAUACUUUUUGGUAUGUUUUAUGGGGGAAAUUAUCACAGAAUUAAACAUGGUAUUCUAUUUUUAUAGUUAAGCAAAUAGAGGGAGAGAAAAAUGCAAAUUGUAUGUGAGAAUUGAAAAUUAAGGGUACCGGAAUUCUAUAGACAAGAAGAAAAAGGAGAAGAAAUUAGAACCUAAGAAGGUUUGUGGUACAAAUAGUGAAGCUGAGCAGAACUGGAAAGAUUCUUGUGCUCUCCUGAGAAAGAGAGUUUUUAAAAAAUUUCAUCUUCAUCAGAUUUCCAUUGCUGAAAUAUCUAAAUUAUGCUAAUACUUGAGAUCUCAACAUAUGUAUCUUUUUUAUCAAUGGACUUGCUUUCUGGAAAAAAAAUAUUUUGUGGGCAAAACUAGCCUUUGUGUGUGGUUUUUUUUUUAUUGUGUAGUCAAAACUGAUGAAACUUUUUUUUGCCUUGUUUUUCUGUUUUUCAAAAUAUGUUCUAAAUAGAAGUUGCUCGUUUCUGUUCUUUUAUAUCUCAUUGAAAUUUAAUCUUGAAUGAGAUUUAAUUUUCUCAAUCUUUAUAGCUUUUCAAGAUUAUUAAUUACAUAAUUAUAAAUUGAUAUUAGUUAAACCAAUUUAUUAACUUGUAUGGUGUUUUAAAAAUGUUAUGAGGAGAAUUAUCAGAUAGGAAUUUUAUUUUGGCUAUUCAGGGUUAUUAUGCUGCUGCUUUGGCUUUUAAAACUUAUAGAAUGACUGUAAUAUUUACAGUCAUAAUAUGUUAAACUUAUAUUCGCAGUUUGCAUUUGUUUGCUUAUAAUAGCCCAUUUUAAAAAUGAAGAGCUAAACUACCACAUAAAAAAUUAUUUAUAAAUUCUCUCAACCUCUUCAACAUAUUCAGUGCCAUUCUUUAAUUAUAGGUGAAGAGAGGAAAAGAAGCAAAAACAGUAACCUAAAAACAUAUAGAAUGCAAGAAUAGGGAAAUAAAGAGAAAGUGAAAUUUUUUUUGACGUAGAAAUAAUUUCACACUGUCGUUUACUUUGUACAGAAGUAUAGGACUUGAGGCCUUUCCAAAAAUUGUGGUUUAUAUCGUUUCUCCAUUCGGGAACUACCAGGCCAAUGCAAAAUUAUGCUGGACUGUUUGAUAUAUGAGUACUGUGGUGUGUUAUUUUAAAUGAAGACUUAUUUAAAUAAAUGUUUUAAAUACUUUUGA